AUGACUGUUUCCAGUUUUGAUCCUUUUGCUUAUUUUGGAUAUCCCACUCCUAACAUUGUGUCUUAUGCAUCUGAAAAUAAAGUCUCUUUUUGUUUGAUGACGUUCCUAUUGGGAAAUAUUAUUGAAGGACAGUUAGUAUCUACAGGUGCUUUCGAAAUCUAUUUAGAUGAUAUGCCAAUCUGGUCCAAAUUGUAUACAAAUCGUUUCCCACAACCUGAAGAGCUCCUUAAGAUAAUUGAUAACCAUCUUAUGUUCCGAGGCCCAGGAAAAGUUUCUCAAUCCUCUGUUCCACCAUUGUAG